AUGGACCCCAGCAGAUAGGCAUGGCUAAUGUCCAAGCCUAUGCGGAUAUCUUCUGAAGCAUCAUCGAUGCCAGGACCGAACAUGAGCAUCAACCCUGGCACCUCCACGCCUACAUUUACAACCCUGCCUGUUCUCCCACCUGCCCCCCAACCAGCACCCCAAUUAUUCUGGGAGCCUCCAGUACCCCUCAUGACUGCAGGGAUCUCUCCCAGGAACCCUUUAGUGCCAUCAGCCUUGCCUAAGAUGUCCUGGGUGGCAGGAGAUGAGGGCUGAGGCCUGUGUGCAGCUGUGCCUCUGAACAUGGUGCAAGUUGGCACACCAGGGAGGCCUAGCCAGCCUGUGUACAAUGCCAACAUUGUCCUCACUCAGGUGCCCCACAAUUGCAGUGUCCCUGGGGCCCCUGAGGGAUGUAGAGCACCCUGCUCCCCUCCUCAUGACGCACUUCCUAUGAACACCUUUGUGAAUGUCCCAGCCAUUGCGACUUCCAAUCGCCAGGAGGGGAGCUGGGUCCUGGGCCCUCACCCUCCAGUCUGACUUCCAGUUGUCCAGCUUGUGCAGAUCACAUACACAGUGAAUGCAGUACCACCUCCUCAAGGGCCAUAUGGAGAGGGUGGCCUGGCCAACUUCCAGACCAACCCCCCAGAAAACUUGUCCGAACAUGAACCAGUGCUUCGGUCCCUGGCCCAGUGGAGGCCCACCAUAAAUGUGGAGGAGGGACUGUGGAAGGGUCUGCAGGAAUGGCAAGUCACAAGCAACUCAGACAAGAUGAUCUUUCAUGAGAAGGCAGAUAAAUUCACAGAAUUUGAGAGAGCACAGGAUAUGGAGAAUCCGAGGUUGGAGAUAAUGAGAGGCUUCCAGUGCCAACCACCUUCAGCCCCACUGAGUCAGGAUCCUUCAAGGUUUCCAGCACCUGAGGUUGCUGAGGAGACAGUGUACACUUCCAUGAAGAAUGUCAACCUACUGGCACCCAGACACCAGCAGUCACCAGAGAUCAGGGUAUCCAAAGAGAUCUUGCCUGAAGCCCUGCAGAAGUACAUGGACAUCAUACACUGGCUGGAGGGACUUCCAGACUCAGUCACAGGGACUGAGGAAAAGGGGGACGAUGACAACACUGAGGCAGAGCAGGAAGGGGUCAACUUACAUCCAGACCCAGGACUCCUGAGCUAUGUUGAUGAGCUGUGCUCCCAGGAAAACUUUGUUGAACAGGUGGAGGCCAUCAUAAACCCCCGAUUUAUGGCUGAAAUCCUUUCCCUGAAACCAGAGGAUAUGCCAGCUCCAACACAGCAGCUGGAGCAGGAAGAAGGACUCACUAUUAACCAGUGUCAAGAGGCCACCAGUGCAGAGAUGUUGGUGCCUAAGCCUGUUGCUAUCCUCUUGGAAAGUCAAGGGUCACCCUCACUAGGGGCGAUCCUGCUCACUGCUGCUCCCUAUGGCCCAGGAACUCUCCCACAAAGUGCAGGAUCCAGAUGUGCAGCCAAUUUCACAGGAGCCUCUCGUACUGGAGGACUUCAUGAGUCAGUGAACAGGAGCAAUCAGGAUGAGGAUGAGGUCCCCAGUUCAUCCUUUUUCCUGUCCUCUCAGAACCAUCAGGUGCCCUGGAGACCAUCACACAGCUCUAGCCCCGAUGCAGGGCUUCCUGACCUUGGAAUUGCUUCUCAGCCCUCAUCUCCCCAGAAAGGGGCCUCAGCCCUGAUAGCCCUCCAGCUGCCAAGUCAAAGAAGCAAGUUCUCAUUGGAGGCCCAGGUCCUGUGA